AUGGCUGCACUAGUAGUAGAAUCAAUCCUUUGCACUAUUCUUGUAAGUAUUUUUAUGGUACUAACCCUUACUCUUUAAGAGCAAGCAAAACAUUGAAAAAAAUCCAAAAUAAGAGUAAAACAAUUUUAAUAUAAGCAUUUAUUUGUAAAAAUUAUUUUUAUUUAUGAGUAAUAAUGUUAAAGCAAGAUAUCUUCUUAAUUAUAUUAAAUUUUAGAGAGCUUUCAUUCUUGAACUUAAAUUUUAUAGGUUUCCAUUUCCAAUAUCUAAAAAAAUGGAAUUUUUUCAUAAUCCAAAACAAAAUUCCAAUAUAAUUUUUUUAAAAAAAAAUAAUGGGAGUAAGCGUUUACAUCCCAACAUGAAAAGUAAUUUUUAUUCAGAUAAACUAUUUCCAUGAAUCUGGCAUUAUCAUUAUUAUAGGCAUUUGCAUUGGUUUAUUUAUGGACGGAGUAACUAUUAUACAGAUAGGCGAUCCUUUAGCCAAAUUUAACAGCCAAAUUUUCUUUGAUUUUAUGCUUCCUUUUUUAAUUCUAUCAAGUGGCUAUAACAUGAAAAGGCGUCGUUUUUUUGCAAACAUUGGUAUUAUAUUAUUGCUUGGAAUUAUCGGGACUUUAUUUCAAUUUAUCCUUGUAAGUUUAUCUGCUUACUUAUUUAGUUUAGGAGGAGCUUUAAAAGACUUAGAAGGCCAAACCUAUCAUUUUUCGCCGAAAGAAGCUAUAGCUAUAGGAGCACUUUUGGCGUCUUCUGAUAGUGCUUGUGUAUUGGCAUUAGUAAAUGAAUCAAAAGCACCUAAAUUACACUCAAUUAUUUUUGGAGAAUCAAUUAUGAACGAUGCAAUGUCUAUUUUACUUAUCCAUACACUUCCUAUGGUUAGUUUAACAAGUGUUUCUGCGUCAGAAGUUUUUGUGUUUUUAGGGGUUUUCUUAUAUUACGCUGUGACUAGUAUUCUAUUGGGAAUAUUUUUUGGAGUAGUUUCUGCCAUUUUAACAAGGAAUUUUGAAAUAUUAAGGGAAGAUCCAAGCAAGUCUAUAGCCCUGCAGCUAUAUGUAUCACUUAUGAGCUAUAUGUGUGCACAGGCAUUAGGAUUGGCUGAAAACGUCACUUUAAUGGUAUGCGGAAUUAUCUCAGGACAUUAUGCCUGGCAUAAUUUAGGGGUGACCCGAAAAAAAACCCCUGAUGGGUUUUUUCCGGGUAUACUUUUAAAUGGUGAAUUUAAUGGAAAAGUUUUUUUUUCCCGGAAAAAUCCUGGAAAAAAACCCAAUGGGUUUUUUUUUCCAAGCAUACCUGAAAAAACCCAAAUGGUUUUUUGGUACCUAUUUUCCCUGAAAAAACCCCUUAUUUUUAAAAAUGAUAUAUCAAAAGUUAUCGAUAAUAAAUAAAGAGAUAUCUGCAGAAAUCUAUAAAUAAAUAGUACUGGCAAUGUUGAAUUUAAUGUAUUAUAGCCAAAACAAAAUAAGUAAAUUAAUAACGUAGUAUCCGAUCAAAUGCGUAAAAAGUACGAUGCUUUUUUUUGUUGUUGUAAAAACGACCUGAAAAAAAACCCUAAUAAUUUUUUUAAACUUAUAUGUUUGUACCGAACUCAGCAUUCAAAUUGUUCUAAAUAUACACAUAAAAUGUUUCUAGCCAACAUUAAAAUGAUAUUUCUAGUUCAAAGACUUAAAACUCAUAACGAGACAUAUUGCUUAUGUAAGUCUAAAAACUAAAAAAAAAUGCCGGAAAAAACUCUUUGGCCAAAUUUUGGGUUUUUUUUUUAUGGAAAAAACCCCGAAGAAAUUUUUUUUUAAAAAAAAAUUCCAGGAAAAAACCCAAAUGAUAAAUUUUCUAUAGUUUUUUUCCAGGAAAAAACCCUAAGUAAUUUUCAUGGAAGACUUGAGUAAAAAUGCAAUGACAGUAUACAAUUAUGUAGCAUGAUUAAUAAUCCUGUAGCGUGAUAGCUCAUCCUGCAGCAUGGCUGCACAUCCUGUAGUGUUCCUGCUAAUCCUAUAGCUCAUUCUGCAGCAUGGCAGCACAUCCUGUUGUGCUCCUGCUAAUCCUCUAGCUCAUCCAACAUCAUAAUCGCUCGCCCUGUAGCACAUUCGGCAUCAUAAAAGCACAAAUACUAAUCGUAUGGUCUAACUGAAUCUUCUGUAGCGCUUUUACAACCUAACACAUAUCUUUAUGUGCAAUAUGAAGGUAUCUAAUAAGAUAAAAAUAUUUCUUACUAAUUCUAACUAAUUUAAUAAAAUCGAUGGCUAAGCCAUUAUUCUAAAUACUUUGAUGGGCAGUUGAGGUUCACCUUUUUUUUCUUUUAAAGAGGCCAACAAAAUUUUUCCUUAUGUUUUCAAAUGCUUAUUUAUGAUAUUUCUGUAAUGAAAUAGGAGCUUCUGUCUUUGCUAUACUCUAUUAUAGAAUUCAUUGAAUUUUGCUCAUUUUCUAUUAAAUGAUCAAAGCUAAACUCUUCUCAAUUUUUCUUUACAUGUUAUUCAGCUAUAUUAGAAAUUUAUUCUUAAGAAAGAUUCGUUAGGCUAUUUAUAUUAAUCAUUGUCUGUAAUUGCGUUACAUCUUUAAUUUCAUUAUUCUCAUAUAUAAUCGAAAUUAAAGAUGGAACCAGACGAAGUGCAACAGUUGACCUGACUGACACCUAGUUUUCCUCUAAACUCCCCCCCCCCCCUCCGUGAGCGAACAAAAAAAUUUUGUUCGCUCACGGAGGGGGGUUAAUUUUUUUUUUAAAAAAAAUUUAUAUAUAAAUUUUAUAUAAAAAAAUAUUUUUUUCGAAAUUUAAAAAAAUCCUAAUUUGCAAAAAUUGGGAAGCAAAUAUUAAUUUUAAUUUGCAAAAUUUAUGUUUUAAAAACGCAAUUUGUUUAAAAUUAAACAGAAUUAGCUCUAGAUUUCAUUAUACUAAUUAUCACUUAUAUAUCAAAAUUUUUUUCCAUUAAAAUUUUUUCUAUUAAAAAAAUUUUUGUUCACUCACGGAGGGUGGGUUUUUGGUCAAAAAAUGGCGAUUUUUCUAAUGGUUUUGUUCGCUCACGGAGGGGGGGGGGGGGAGUAAGCACAUUUCAACAAAAAUUUUAAUGCAUUUCAUUUCUAGCUGUCGAUGCGAUGUCAUGUGUAACGCAUUAAGCUAUAAUUAUUGGUUGAUAACUAUUCGCAGUGAGUUUCAUACUUAAUCGAAAUUAAAGAUGGAACCAGACGAACUACAAAAUUCGGUCGGACUGGCACCUAGUUUUUAUCUAAACACAUUUUAAAAAAAAAAUUUAAUAAAUUUGAUUUCCAAUUGUCGAUGCGAUGCCAUAUGCAAUAUAUCAAACUACAAUUAUUGAUUGAUAUCCAUGCACAGACAGCUUCAUACUUAAUCGAAAUUAAAUAUGGAACCAGAUGAACUGCUAAAUUUGGUCAGACUGAUACUAGUUCCAUCAAGCACAUUUUAAAAAAAAUUAAUAAAUUUGAUUUCCAGCUGUCGAUUCGAUGCCAUAUGCAAUAUAUCACGCUACAAUUAUGAAUAUUUUAAUACCAUGAUGCAAUAUAAUUGUUAGUUAAUCGCAUUUAAUUAUUAAUCGAAAUUAAAAAUGGAACCAGACGAACUGCAAAAAAUGACUGGACUAACACUAGCUUUUAUUUAAGUAUAAUUUGCAUAAAAUUUUAAUAAAUUUGAUUCCAAUUGUCAAUGCGAUGUCAUAUGCAACAUGUCAAGCUACAAUUAUUGAUUGAUACCCAUGUACAGAUAGCUUCAUAAUUAAUCGAAAUUAAAAAUGGAGCACAUGGACUGGAAAAAUUAAACCAACAGACACUUAGAUUUUAUCUAAGUACAUUUAAACAGAAAUUUUACUUUAUUUUAUUUCGAGCAGUCGAUUCGAUGUCAUAUGCAUAUAUAUCACGCUACAAUUAUGGAUAGUUCAAUACCCAUAAUAAAGCGUUUAGCUGAUACUAGUCGCCUUACUUCAUUUUGACCAGAAUUUUCUAUACUAACCAUAAAAAUUGAAUAUGUUUAUUUCAUGCGCUAGCCAGAAAUGGCUUCCAAGUCAUUUUUGACAUACAUUAUGGUGGAAAUAAAUAUGUACUCAAGGAGUUAAGCUUCCACAACUUCUCAGGUAAACUAUGAAACUAAUUUAAAUUAGCACAGCUUUCUUAUUCAAAGAUUAUUAUUUACAUUUUUAUAUUUAUCUCAUUCAUCAAGAGAUCAAUUUUAUUUUUCAUAUAUUAAGAAGUAAUUGGAUCAACCUAGGCUUAAUUAUUACUGGGCUAUUCAGUAAAUAAGUAUACAGGAUUAGCAGGAACACUACAGGAUGUGCAGCCAUGCUGCAGGAUGAGCUAUCACGCUACAGGAUUAUUAAUCAUGCUACAUAAUUGUAUACUGUCAUAGCAUUUUUACUUAGGUCUUCCAUGAAAAUUACUUACUCCCCCCCCCCCCCCUCCGUGAGCGAACAAAACCAUUAGAAAAAUCGCCAUUUUUUGACCAAAAAACCCACCCUCCGUGAGCGAACAAAAAUUUUUUUAAUAGAAAAAAUUUUAAUGGAAAAAAAUUUUGAUAUAUAUAAGUGAUAAUUAGUAUAAUGAAAUCUAGAGCUAAUUCUGUUUAAUUUUAAACAAAUUGCGUUUUAAAAACAUAAAUUUUGCAAAUUAAAUUAAUAUUUGCUUCCCAAUUUUUGCAAAUUAGGAUUUUUUUAAAUUUCGAAAAAAAUAUUUUUUAUAAAAUUUAUAUAUAAAUUUUUUUUUAAAAAAAAAAAAUUAACCCCCCUCCGUGAGCGAACAAAAUUUUUUUGUUCGCUCACGGAGGGGGGGGGGGAGUUAGGGUUUUUUUUUCCUGGAAAAAGCUAUGGAAAAUUAACAAUUGGGGGUUUUUUUACUGGAAUUUUUUUUAAAAAAAAUUUCUUCGGGGUUUUUCCAUAAAAAAAAAAACCCAAAAUUUUAGUCAAAGGGUUUUUCCGGCAUUUUUUUUAGUUUUUAGACUUACAUAAGCAAUAUGUCUCGUUAUGAGUUUUAAGUCUUUGAACUAGAAAAUAUCAUUUUAAUGUUGGCUAGAAACAUUUUAUGUGUAUAUUUAGAACAAUUUGAAUGCUGAGUUCGGUACAAACAUAUAAGUUUUAAAAAAAUUAUUAGGGUUUUUUUUUCAGGUCGUUUUUACAACAACAAAAAAAACAUCGUACUUUUUACGCAUUUGAUCGGAUACUACGUUAUUAAUUUACUAUAUUUUGUUUUGGCUAUAAUACAUUAAAUUCAACAUUGCCAGUACUAUUUAUUUAUAGAUUUCUGCAGAUAUCUCUUUAUUUAUUAUCGAUAACUUUUGAUAUAUCAUUUUUAAAAAUAAGGGUUUUUUUUCAGGGAAAAUAGGUACCAAAAAACCACUUGGGUUUUUUCAGAUAUGCUUGGAAAAAAAAACCAUUGGGGUUUUUUCCAUUAAAUUCACCAUUUAAAAGUAUACCCGGAAAAAACCCAUCAGGGGUUUUUUCCGGGUCACCCAUAAUUUAGGCAAAACUUCGAAAAUUGUAGCGUCAAAUGGAAUUUCUUUUAUUGGGGAUGCUGCAGAAGCUUUGAUUUUUUCGUAUUUAGGCUUGACAGCAUUUUCAUAUAAAAAUGAUCAUAUUGACUUUAUAUAUAUUUUUACUAUAAUCUGCUCAAUAUUGAUAGCAAGGCUACUAAGCACUGUUUUGCUAUUGUGGGCAGCUAGAAUAGUUACAAAAAGCAAAUUUCACAUGACAAAGCGAGCUAUUUCUAUUGUAUGGAUGGGAGGGCUUAUUCGAGGAGCUGUCGCAUAUGCUCUUGCAUUGGAUCUAGACUAUAAAGAUAAAAAAAUGAUCACAAUUACUGUUUUAGGUGUUGUUAUUACAACUGCUGUUAUCUUUGGGUCUUUAUUGCCAUUAUGAGUCGCGAAAAUAAAGCCAGAUGGCUUAGAUAUUGUUUCUGUGGCUAAUGAAAUUAGGGAUGAGUCCUUAAGUAUGUCAGUUUUUGGCAAAAGGAAAAGCCUUUAUAUCACAAAAGAAGAAGUUUUGCCUAAAAAUUGAAUACAUAGACAUUGGAAAAUAAUUGAUGAAAAAUAUAUUAAGCCUUGUCUAAUUCAUCCUGAUCCUUUAAAGACACAUUAUCGAGAAGUAGAAGAGCUAAAUGAAAGAAUGCAAGAAGCCGUUGAAAUGAGCAUGGAAUCGAUUUCUAUGUCUUUUAAAGAGAGAAAUUCCCAAGACACUUCAGCUUUUUUUGGGAGAGAAAUGAAUUAA